CGUACAUUUACCAACCAAAUCUGCAAUUCAUUCAGCAUACCUAUAUACAUCUAAAUACCAGCGUCCUUGAUUUAUUUCCUCGCAAUGCCUUCCGUCAAGAACCCCAACCGUCUCUCCAAGAACCGGCUCGCCGCCCGCGCCGCAAAGGCCAAGAAGGCCAACCAGAAGCGCGCCGACCCUGCCAUGAAGAACAAGAUCACCAAGGCCGACAAGACGAGGGGCGCACGGCCGGGCCUGUUGCCGACGAGCGGACCGAGAGCUGCGAUUAGCGCUAAGAAGGCGAGGAAGCUGGAGAAGAAGAUGGGAUAUGCGCUGAAGAGGAAGAUGGAGGCGGAGGGAGAGGCUGUGAUGAAAGAUGCGCCUGUUGUUGAGGAGAAGGCUGUGCAGGAGGAGCAGGAUAUGGAGAUUCAGUGAUUGGUUUGUCUGGAGAAUGGGAUAUCAUACAUAAAUUAAAAGUCGGUUGUUUGCUUGAUUGGCAUUUUCUGUGGUACAAUGGG